CAAUGCAAUUCAACCACGGCAACGGUAAACAGGAUUGCUCUUUUUACGUUUCUGUAAACUUCAAGAAAGCCCUUUUUUAUGCUUAUUUUUUUCGCAAUCUGAGCAACAAAAUGCCUCCAAAGGCUAAGAAAGGGAAAGGAAAAAAGAAGAAAAAGGAUGACAAAGAUGAGUUAUCUAUUGAAGACAAAUACAAGAAAACAAUGUUUGAAAUUGAAUCACUCAAAGAACACCUGGCAAUGAGAACAGAAAUAGCCAGAAGAGCCCAGUCAAAGUCUGAGGAUAUGAAAGAAAAGAUGCUAGAAGCAAAGGAGACUAUCCAGUCUGAAAAGCAGAUAAAGCUUGAGAUUUCAGCAGAUUUAACUCGGCAAUAUAAAACAAUGCAGACAGAACUGACGUUGAGAGUUCACACUUUGGAAAAGAGAGUUGCUCUUCUUCAAGACAAACUCGAUGCAACGGAAAGAGAACUGAAGAAAGAAAAGUUGGAGAAAGCUCAGAUAAUCGAGCAGAAAGAUAUGAUUAUUCAAGAUCUGCAAUUUAAGAUCGAUAAUAUGGAAACAGCAUAUGAAAAUAUUUUACAUGACGCUCUAGAUGCAAUGGGUGACAAAAUUGAAGAGGCCAAGGGUAGAUGGGAGGCAGAAAGCACCAAGAUUCAAGAGGAGAACAAGAUGCUUUUGCUAGAAUUUGGAUUGAAUCCUCUCGAUAUAUGAAACUUUGAGCAACAUUUCAAUCUGUACAUUUCUAAGAAACGUAGCUUUAAUGCAUAGAAAAAGUUUAAAAUGAAAAAACAUGCAGAGUGGCUCUGUAUUCUCCUGAACAUCGUAAUUGUAUGUGAUGAGGGAGAGCAAACUUAGCGUUGAGUCAUAUGAGAACUUUCUUUAAAAUAGCCAGGCUGCUAACGUUUUUUACACCUUGGAAGUUUGUAUUCAUUAUAUUUGUGAAAAAGCGUUGUAAAUACAAAGUAUGUAUCUAUAUUUUCUAAUAUAUAUUCUAAGAAAUGUUAUAUUUUCAUGUAUUUUUGUGCAUCAAAAAUGUCAAUAUUCGCAUUGAAUGUUUAAA